ACCCUUUCCCCUAAUCCCUUCUUGACCACCACACUUCUUGCACCAAGUGCAUUGGGUGAAAUAGGUAAUGUAUAGGCUGUGCAAGGAGAUUUGCCUUUCUAGAAGCAAAGCCCAUUAGGGCAAGAACCCCCAGCUCUGUGUGGCUUAGAUGGUUGGGUGUAUAAGAAGAAUAAUAUAACCAAGGUCAUAAAGAUCACAAAAGAAAGAUCUGUGUUGCGUUGUGCUGUGUAUGUGCUAUUAGGGCCUGAUACAAAGGCCAGGAAUCUCAGAGCUCCCCUGUCACAAGACUUUCUCGUCUGAAGAUUGCUGAGCUGGUGGUCCAGCAGACAGCCAUUAGAUUUUUCUUUUGAACGUGCUGUUUCCUCUGGCUUCUGUUUGAGGGAGCUCUGGCUGGUUUUCUGUGCAUGUGAAGGUGAGAUUUCCUUGGUGUGUUUGUAUGUCCAUUUUCCUGGCUUAAUUUAUCUCCUCUUUCUUCAGAGAGAUAAUUUGGGAUCAGCGCGACAUCAGCUAGAGGCUCCUUAGUCUCACAACCUUAGAGUGCUUGUGCAACAUACAGGAGGCUUUGUGCUUGUCAUACUGAUUCUUCCCUGGAUAAAAAUGGUUAUCUUAUCUUAACGAUAGUCAUGCUGGAACAAAUCCAGUGAUCCUUUAGGUCAGUGUAAUGUCAGCAAUACAGGAAGCUUUAGAGGAAGGCAAAAAAUCUUAAUUCAUCUAUACAAUGCUGAGACCUGAAGGGAAUUAAGGGCAUUUCUUUUCAGGCCUAGCCACAGAAUGGCAGGGCCUCAGAGGGGCAGCCACGCUAAAUGUAACUUUCUAAUUAAGAUUCUCUUGUAUAUUAUUGCACAGCUGCUGUUGCUGCCUUGACUUGGUAAAAGGUGUCUCCUCUUUAAACAUGGGGUGGACAAAAUGUCCUGAAAGAAUUGGUUAUUCUCCAUCACCUUGGCGUUCUUAGGCACUUGGAGCGUUACAUCUUGAUGGCUGUACUUGGGCAAUGCCCACUUCUGAAUUAACACUGGUAUGAGUAUGUGUUUUUAUAUUAAUGAUUUUAUUAAUCGUUGAAUGAUUAGAUACAUGCUGCUGUAAUUUUGCUGCAUCCCACAUACACAUUAGUUGUCUAGGUAGCUUAGUACUUUCUAGAAAGUACUGCAGCAGAAAGUGUGUGCUGUCAGAGCACGUGCAGUUCCAGUGUUGGUCUGAAAGGGCACCAAGGCUGAGAGCCAUUGCCCUGCAUACAGACUUGCGUUUAGUGUCAUGGUUUGUGUGAACUGAAAUAAUGACUCACAGCCUGCUCUGUGGUAUGAGUGUUGUGAAGAUCUGCCUCUGGGCUCCUCACGACCCCCCAUAUCCUUCCACACAGUCAGGUAGAAACCCAGGUGGCUCUGGAAACCAUCCUAGAAGUCCCCUCACAUCCCAGUGAGCUCACCCCACACUGCACUGGGCUGAGGACUGCGUUCACACGUUCACAAAAGGAGCACGGACACAUUGUUGAUUCCCCAGACAUCUCAGCAUCAGCUGGGAUGGCACUAGGAGGCGAUCAGGGAAAAGAAUAAAAAUCUGUUGAGGAACUUUAUAUUUAAAAGAUUCCCAAUUCCCUGAAAAACGUCUCAAGUGAAAUGGCACUUUUUUAAGUCACAAAAAAGGAACAUAGUUCCUCGGUCUUAUUUCUUUUAGUAGUUUCUGCCCCACCUCAUCAAUGGAGCUGAUACCAAUAAUAUGAGGGGUCCUCUUGUGACUUAUGCCUUUUUCAUAGGUCUGAUCCACUCAGUUAGGGGAAGAAAUCACACAGAAAGAAGGAGGAUCCAUCCUCUAAAUCCCUUCCUGUGCCAACAGUUGUAAUAGUCUAUGACAGGGAAAACAUUAGGGCAGAAACUCAAAGCUCUGCCUUUAGAGAUACUCUGACAGAAUGUGUUGAAAACCAGGUCCGUUGUUUCUGAUUCACUCAAGAAGUAAUUGGAGUUGCCAGCCAGUAUCAGAACCUACCACAAAACACUUGCCAGCCAGGCCAGUCCUUUUUACGGUGCCAUACUCUAACUGUUUUGAGCCUUGCAUCUUUUCUGCAUUCUUACCAUUGCUCUCCUUAGAGAGGCACUGGUAGCUUUUACCCUGUUACUCUUAUGAAAGCAUGAAUACACUUUUAAAAGCAAACAAAACAAAAAAAAACAGCAUAAAGCAACGUCUUGUUUGGGAAGCCAUCAAUGCUUGAAGUUAUUUACAAGAUAGAAGAAAGAUGGAAAUUGAACCAAACCUUUCGUCUUUUGAAUUUCCAGGAGACAAAAAGUUACAGAGAGAGAAGUCAGAAAAGAACAUGGAAAAUCAAGAGGACAUGCGGGGGCCACUCCAGUUCACCACACUGAAGCAAGGGAAGAGCCCUUACAAGCGCAGCUGUGACGAGGGGGAAUCCCACCCCCAAACGAAGAAAAAAAAAAUUGACCUCAUCUUCAAAGAUGUCCUGGAGGCUUCUUUAGAGUCUGCCAAGUUGGAAGAGAACCAGUUAGCAACAAGUACACCCAUUUCCAUCAGAAAAGCGUCCAAAUACCAGGCUGAAGACAUCUUUGAGAGGUGCGGCAGUACCAUGCAACACAGCUCCCUGAACUUCAGCAGAGACCGGAGUGAGGGGGAAUGGAAGGUCCCCCAAGCUUCCUCUUUUAGCUCAGCCAAAGAGAUGGGGUUCCUUGAAGAUGAAGAAGAAGAGCCUCUGUCACUCAAAGCAGACAGCCCAACUGAGCUAUUGCUGGCCUCUGCUCAAGGCAACUCCCAUGAAAUCCCCACCACCUCCUUCUGCCCCAACUGCAUCCGGCUGAAGAAGAAGAUCCGGGAGUUGCAGGCUGAGUUAGACAUGCUAAGAUCUGGGAAGUUACCUGAGCCACCCGUGUUACCGCCUCAGGUACCCGAGCUCCAAGAGUUCUCUGACCCCACAGCUUCAGAAAGCAUCAUCUCUGUUCCCACCAUCAUGGAGGACGAUGACCAAGAGGUGGAUUCUGCUGAUGAAUCAGUUUCCAAUGACAUGAUUGCUGCUACAGACGAGCCUUCCAAGAUGUCUUCUGCGACUGGUCGGAGGAUACGGCGUUUCAAGCAAGAGUGGCUUAAAAAGUUUUGGUUUCUGCGGUACUCCCCGACAUUGAAUGAAAUGUGGUGCCAUGUCUGCAGGCAGUACACAGUGCAAUCCUCUCGGACUUCAGCCUUCAUCAUUGGCUCAAAGCAGUUCAAGAUACACACAAUAAAGCUUCAUAGCCAGAGCAACCUCCACAAGAAGUGCCUGCAGCUUUACAAGCUCAGGAUGCAUCCAGAGAAGACAGAAGAGAUGUGCCGAAAUAUGACCCUGCUCUUCAAUACAGCCUACCACUUGGCUUUGGAAGGCAGGCCCUACUAUGACUUUCGGCCACUGGCAGAACUACUGAGAAAGUGUGAGCUCAAGGUGGUCGAUCAAUACAUGAAUGAGGGAGACUGCCAAAUCUUAAUUCACCAUAUUGCCCGGGCUCUUCGAGAGGACCUGGUGGAACGGAUCCGACAGUCUCCCUUCCUCAGCAUCAUUCUGGACGGGCAGACUGAUGACUUGCUUGCAGACACAGUUGCAGUUUAUGUACAGUACACAAGCAGUGAUGGGCCUCCAGCAACUGAAUUCCUGUCUCUUCAAGAACUGGGCUUUUCUACAACAGACAGUUACCUCCAAGCAUUAGACAGGGCUUUUUCCAGCCUGGGAAUACGACUGCAGGAUGAGAAGCCAACUAUUGGCUUGGGAGUCGAUGGUGCUAACAUUACUGCCAGCCUGAGAGCUAACUUGUUCAUGACAAUCAGAAAGACUUUGCCAUGGCUACUCUGCUUGCCGUUUAUGGUACACAGGCCCCAUUUGGAAAUUUUGGAUGCAAUUAGCGGGAAAGAGCUUCCAUGCCUGGAGGAGCUAGAAAAUAAUUUGAAGCAAUUGCUCAGUUUCUAUCGUUACUCUCCCCGACUCAUGUGCGAAUUGAGGGUCACUGCUGCCACUCUGUGUGAAGAGACCGAGUUCUUGGGAGACAUCCGAGCAGUGAAGUGGAUCAUUGGGGAGCAAAACGUGCUCAAUGCUCUGAUCAAGGAUUACCUUGAGGUUGUGGCCCAUCUCAAAGAUGUCAGCGGCCAGACCCAAAGGGCAGAUGCUUCUGCAAUUGCCUUGGCCCUCCUGCAGUUCUUGAUGGACUACCAGUCAAUUAAACUCAUCUACUUCUUGCUGGAUGUGAUUGCUGUGCUUUCACGCCUUGCCUAUGUCUUCCAAGGGGAGUACCUUCUUGUGUCGCAAGUGGACGAUAAAAUAGAGGAGGCUAUCCAGGAGAUUAGUCGGCUGGCAGACUCACCUGGGGAGUACUUGCAGGAAUUUGAGGAAAACUUCCGUGAAAGCUUUAACGGCAUUGCUGUGAAAAACCUACGGGUGGCUGAAGCCAAAUUCCAGUCGAUCAGAGAAAAGAUCUGCCAGAAGACCCAGGUGAUCCUAGCCCAAAGGUUUGAUUCCCGUAGCCGGACAUUUGUGAAAGCCUGUCAGGUAUUUGACCUUGCAGCUUGGCCCAGAAGCACUGAUGAGCUCAUGAGCUAUGGGAAGGAGGAUAUGGUACAAAUAUUUGAACACCUGGAGACAGUCCCAUCGUUUUCCAGAGAGGUUUGCAGAGAGGGGAUGGACACCCAAGGGAGUUUGCUGAUGGAGUGGCGAGAACUCAAGGUGGAUUAUUAUACCAAAAAUGGUUUUAAAGACUUACUCAGUCACAUUUGUAAAUACAAACAGAGAUUUCCCCUCUUAAAUAAAAUAGUUCAGAUCCUCAAAGUCCUUCCCACCUCAUCGGCCUGCUGUGAGAAGGGGCGCAAUGCCCUGCAGAGAGUGCGCAAAAACAACCGCUCUCGGCUCACGCUGGAGCAGCUCAGUGAUCUUUUGACAAUUGCCGUUAACGGGCCGCCCAUUGCCAACUUUGAUUGCAAAAGGGCGCUAGAUAGUUGGUUUGAAGAAAAGUCGGGCAAUAGUUAUGCACUGUCAGCUGAAAUGCUGAGCAGGAUGUCGUCUCUUGAUCAGAAGCCGAUGCUGCAGAGCAUGGACCACGGCUCUGAAUUUUACCCCGAUAUUUAGGAAGGAAUGCCUCAGAUCAGAAAGCUGUUGAAUAAUUUUUUUAAUCUAUACUCUAAACUUUGAUAUAUUAUAAAAAUAUAUAUAUAUUAUAUAUAUUAAGGAAAAACCCACACUGAAAAUUUAAAAGUUAAGGCGAUGUGCGUCUGAUAGAAGCUAAGCAGAAUUUUAAAGAUUGAGACAAUGUUUAAAAAUUUACUGGUGUCUCCAACCAUGGCAGCUGCAGUGUAGGUGGCAACAUUUCAUUCUUUAGAAGCUAUGUGCUGGGGCCAUACUCUACAUGUUCAACCCUAACAAUCUAUAAGCUAGAUGACGGGUCUUUGUCAGCCUCCUCCUCCCGGUGGUUUCCUUUGUAUGUGUGUUGUUGGUUUGUUGAGUUGUUUGUUUUUUUCCUCAGUAGUAAUCUCUGCCUCUCUUUUCAUUGUUUAGUCCAGUUAUUGAGCCAUUUGAGCCUUUCGUUGACGACCGUCAGAUUUCUGAUUUCCGACAGAGCAUCCCGUGUUUGUGUUGUCCCCAGCUCUCCAACUCCACUUAGUUCUCUUAAUUAGAGUGGAAGUUUUCUUCACUCACAAAGAUUACUGGGAGGAGGGAAAGACUUGGGGUGGGGUUAUUUUGUUUUUUCUGAUUCAAAAACAAGUAUCUCCACUAAACUGUGAUGCCCCUUCCUCAGUUCUCCCUACUUUUGGGCUGUAGAGUAAUACUUGGCUUUCAGCUCCUAUUAUGAUAACCGCAGUACCAGUCUAUCAUACCUAUAUUAUAACAUGAUGUCAUGUGCAGACUAUAAAAUAGCAAAAUAGAGAAGGCAGGGGGAAAUUUUUGCAUUUAUAUUUUUAUAUUGUAGGAGAUAAAAAAUAUAUAUAUACAACUAUUCAUUCAAAACCAGGGCUGCUGUGGAAGCUAGACAGCCAAUGAGUCAAUAGCCAUCUCUGGGCAGAGAUUCAAAGGCUUAAAAAAUUAUAUUCUAAUUUACAUUAUUUAUACUAUGUCUUUAUAAUCCUAGAUUGUUGUGGGUUUUUUGUUUUGUUUUGUUUUGUUUUUGGAAUGAGUGAAAGAAAAACCUGCUGCAGUUUGGUGGCAGGGGCUAUCAAUGCAAGAUCUAUCUUGGAUUAUAAUCAUGUGAUGAUGUCCUGUAAAGGUUCACGUAUUCUCUUGUGACCAAGGUAACAUGUUCCACAGCACAGCAGACUGAUGACAGCAGGAAGAAGGGAUGUUGUACUUCUUCCUGUGAAAUGUUUCUUCCUUCCUUGAAGGGAUGCAGAGUCCAGCCAAAAUGUGAAUGGGGGACUUGCACCUUCCAUCACAAAAGAGAUUGUUUUGAGGGCUUGGGGUUCUUUGUUUUAUUCUUUUAAAGGAAAUGAGCUCCAUGCACUCACACAAUAUCACUUCAGGUUAGAAAAGCAAAAAAAAAAAAAAAAAAAAAGAAAAAAGGUGCAAAAACUCCACAGAUGCUAGUGCCUUGCCCUGCUGAUGUGGCAUGGACAGCACCAACCUGACCAGAACAUCAUGGGAGUGAGAACCUGUUGUCCAGAAGGUGUCCGAGCUGACAUGUUCUCACUUCCCAGAGGGACGAGCUUUGUGCCAAGCUGUGUUGUUUGGAAACAUGACGGUGGUAUCAGCAACACUGAACCUUUCCUUUCUCCUGUUACCCCCCUGCCCUUGGUCUUGGUGCUAAGAUAUCUCUAGAACCAUUGCUGCUAGUUGAUAGCUUUUCAUUUAUAUAAAUAUAUAUAUAUAUAUAUAAUAUUAUUUUAUUUUUUAAACUUUUUUGUUUGUUUUCAAUGGAGAUGUAGCAUGUUUGGAACCGAUCUCUCUCAGAGUCACUUUCACUGCCAGGGUUCACGCACUGUCUUCCCCAAGAAAACACGCACUUCUACCUAAAUCUCACUCACCUCCCACUAACCAACUUGUCCUAAGCAGAACUGUACUGUUAAUAUCAGGCAGAGAUGUGCAACUAUGCCACUACAUACUUGCUCAGCUUUUAAACCCAUGGAAAUGGCUAGACUGAUAUAUGUCAAGAGUUUUGGAAAUGUUUCCCCUCUUUUCCUGUGGUGAGGAGAGAUUGAGACUGUCUGAAGCACUAGUAAAGAUGAGUCUUUGUGUUCUUCAUCCUGACUCUGCCGCUUUUGCUGUAAAACAGGGCUGUUUGGCUGGGUAGUUGGAAAGGAGUAGAGAAGACCCUCCAAAGGUUGCAGCGGUAGCUGGGCAGAUGGGAUACAGUCCCUAGCACUUAAUCCCUUUCCCCUCUGCCUCGCCUCAGAUGGUAUGUUCAGCUUGUGUGCUUGUUCAGACACGGGAGAGCAGGUCUGCUGGGUGACACCGUGGGUGCAUCUGUGCUACAGGGCGAAGACCCAGGCACCCAAGCAUUUCUCGCUGGCAUCCUCAUAGAAACGUUGUGAGUUAGGUCAGGACGUUGCUUUGCGCUUGCGCAGGCAUGGCAGUAUUUAAUACCUAGCAAGCAAAAAAUGAUGUUACGUGCAUUUUUUUCCUUUCUUUCCCAGUAAAUUAUGUGAGCAAAUUGGCCCAUUCAUCCAGAGGAGUAAAAAUGAAACUGGAUACCCUCUGCCACUGCACAGACUUGGGCAGUUCUUUCUUUGACCAUAAAAGAGGAAUGUCUGUACAUGAGGUGUUCGUAGCCCCUCCAGGCCUGGAGAGUAAGCCUUGCUCAUGGUGCUGUCAUAAAGCUCACAGAUCUGUUUCCUUCAGGGGAGCCGGGAGGCCCCUUCCUUAAUUAAAAUUUGAGGAGACAUAAAGAAAAAAAUAAAAGUCCCUGUAAAAGCAUUGCUGUUCCAUUAAGCUCUAAUUUGGAGAUGGGCUAGGUAAGCUUAGAUAUUGGAGACAAGAAAUGAAUCCACACACCACAGGGGAAUGGGCAGAUGGCAGGGGAAUCUCCUUUUUUAAAUAUGCGCAGAUGUCUGGGAAACUGCAGCAGCUGAAACAAAAAUAACAAAAGAAGAUAUCUGAAAUGAGCUGCUGUGGGUGCUGUAAAGGCAGUUCCCCUCCUCCCCUUUUUUCUUUUUCCUUUGCUCAGCUCCAUAGCUCCUUUAGCAAAAAAACCCAAAAAACCAAAAAAAACAACAAAAAAAAACUACCCUUCAGUUUGCAGCAAUAAAAGUUCCUUGGUAUGUGGCUCUUUUUUAUAGAGGCCCAUCAAACUGCCUGGCCCUCUUGCUGGAAUGGGACACUUGCAGACAGCUUCCAGGUACCUUUGUAAACAGAAACACUUCCCUAGUGCUUGUGUUAAGGCCACCUAAAAGGCCGGUUUACAACUUCUGUUCUGAUCUUCUUUACUUUUGCCACUAGUUGCCUUUGUUGGCAACAUAAAAACUGCCAGAGACUUGAUCAGUAAUGAUUCUGGUAAUUUGUUACCCCUUUUCCUUUUGUUUUUUUGCAAAUCCCAGUAUUGUGAGGCUCAUCUUCCACUGGGUGCUCUUAUUCCUAAGGGCAGUGAAACGUGCAGAGCGUGGCUUUUCUCCAGGCAGUCUGCAAAAAGGGGAAGGCGUUUGUUUCUCUUGCAAAAACCUUGUAUGCAUCUGUGAAACAGUGUCAGUAGGAAGAAUGAUUCCCUCUGACUGGAUGUUGCUGAUACCUGUGAACUGGAAAGGGCAGAGAUUGCUCGUCCUUGGUUAUGGGCGGAAAUGAGCACUCAGUGUAACAGCCAGCCCAGCGGAGUCGCGCAACACAAAGAAAUCCUCAUUGCCUUCACAUCAAAACAUAAAUCAAGCCUUUGUACGAGACAAAUGCAGGUGCUUUGGAAGCUUUCCCUCUAGGUUACCCGCCUAUCUCAGAUCUGUAGCUGUUACUCACAUGGAUGGUCCUGUGGAUCGAAACGUGACUACAGGCAGGAGUGAGAUUGUCAGCAGGGAGGAAUGACAAUGCAAAGUGCCCUUGGCUUUUUAGCACCCUGCUUAGCGAGGCUUUUCUGAAAGCAGGUGCUUUGCCCUUUUUGCAAAUCCAAGCCAGUCUCUGAGGAGGACGGGGACCAGCUGGGCUGCGGCGAGGCCAGAGGGCAGCGGCAGGCUGGCUCUCCUCUCGGCACGGUGACGAGUGCGGCCUGGGCAUGGCCGUGGCAUGGGCGCUGGCCCAGCUCCUGGGGACAGCCGCGCCAGAGCACAGGGUGGCCCUUGGAGGUAGGAGAUCGCUGCGGCGGCUCAGGCUUAAUCAACUCCCUCCCUGCUACUCUGAGCCAAGAGGAGGUUGUUUUGAACGUAUUACAGCAUCCUGAACUGCUUCAGUGGCAAAGCUAGAAUGGUUUAAUUUUUCUUAAAUGAGCUUUUUAUCCUGUUCUUCCCCCUUUUUCUUAUCUAGGGCAUCUGACUGUGAAUAAUACGCACUUCUCCAGACCCUUGGAUUUGUAUUUCUAGCCCAUGGGUUUUUUGAUUGCCAAUUUCUCCUGCCCACUUUCUGCUCAGGCUCCUCUACUCUUUCCCUGCUGUAAAGCAGAAAUCCAUUAAGCACAUGCAGACAUUUCCUUCUACAGGGCUCACUAGUGGCUGCAAGAAGUCCAGGCCUCCCGGCCAUGAGACUGAACACGACAGGGACAAUCCUCAUGGAACAAGAGACCAAAGCUCUUCCCGUGCCAGCAAAAGUGCAAGGGAGGCACAGGGGAGUUGUGAGGAUAUGCAGGGGGCAAGGUCCCGGCGUGUGCCGUCUGUGUUGGGUCUUGGACUGGCCUUGGUGUUAUCCUCCGUGCUGUUUGCACUUUUGCUGAUACGAAUUCUCAGACAUGAUUCAGGCUCAGUCUGUUUCUUUCUCACAGCACAAACUCAACCAGGUGGCCCGCGAGGUCUUUGGGGUCCCCCUUCUUUCUUAUCUCAUUAGUAUUGCUGUUUGUUUGACCAGUGGGUAAAACAGCCUAAGCAGCUGGCUUGCAAAUAAGCAGCAACAUCCUCUGCUUUUGCCAGAUUCCCCUCUCAGCCCUGUCAAAAGAGGUCCUAAAAGCAGAGAAAUGGUACGUUGCUCCCCCGGCCAUUGUAUUCAAUGCAGUAAUGCCUAUGCAAUUCCUGUCUCCCUUGGGGACAUGUAUGAUGUGUGUGCAUGUAAGCUAGUGUAUGUAUACAGUACAUAUGCAUACAGUCUAUAUAUUGUAUAUACGCACAUCCCAGUACAUAUACACACAGUACAAAAAAAAAUCACAUGCUUAUAUAUCUAUAAAUAAAAUCCUAUAUAUUUAUAUAUUUCUAUGUUUUCAAUAGAUAUGAAGAUAUAAUAUAGAGAUAGAAUCAACCACCCUUGUGUAAGGCUGGCCCUGUGUUCUGGCACAAGGCAUGUAACAGUGAAGACUUUGGACUUUGGGAGAGUUUAGCCAUACACUGAGGCCUACAUUUACAUGUAUAGCACUCUACAGUGAGGGGCUUUGCUGUGGUUAGGGCAAGGGGAUUCCUUGCUGGUGUGUUAAUGAAGUGCUAAAUAAGGUUUGUGUAAUAGAGGAAUGUCUUGGUGUGGGAAAAUGCUUGAGUGUCCUUGUCUUCUAACUAAGCCUUCGGCUAAGGUCCUGUGUGUUCACACUUGGGCAGAUACAUAUCCCACCCUUAUAUGCACUUUUCUCUCUCUGCAUGGAUGUGUUUGGCAACUGAGGGUACUAGUGCCAUGAAAAUGUGGCGCUCUGCUUUACCUACCUGACAUUGCUUGGCAGUCACUGACGCACUCUAGGGAAGAAGCUGUGCUCUGCAGAUGCUAGUACAGCACAGUGCGAGAGAGUUCAUUUGCACAGUGUGUUUCGCACAUGGUUGUCAGUCAGUGACACAGCGAUGGAGCUGGCAUAAAGCAAACAGGAGAGUAAAUGCGUUACUGAGUUGAGGGACAGUCACUAUCACAUGGUCAGAGACAGAAGGAAUGAUGUGUGGAGAUGGAGCAGCAUGAAUGAAAAGGGACUGUGAAUUAGGAGCCGUAAGGAUUGGAGCGUGCAAGCCAAACUGCGAGUCUCGUGUGCAGCUGCGUCAGAGCGAGGUUGCCGCUGCUUUGCGUAAGCAGCCCGUAGCAGUGUGGCUGCAGGGUGUUCCUGCUGCGCCUCCUCGGGCCUCGCAGCUGCUUCCUGGCUGGUAGCUAGCCUGCCUGGCUCAUGGCCUAGAGGGCUUUUCUGGAGGGAAGGGAAUGGUUUGGUAAGUGGAAGACACAGUCAGCAAUGCACGUGGCCGGUUAAGCCCCAACACACAGAGUGCUGACGUUGCCAAACUGAAGCACUUAAGGGUUCAGCCCUCUCGCCUGUCCCUGUGGGGAGACCUAUUUUCACAUGACUGGCAUUUCUGUGCUGGGACUUUGGGUGGAUCUGGGCAAUUGCUUUCAUGGAUCAACCUUUCCAGAGCAUCUGCUGAUGUCUGCAGGAUGGACAGCCGCCUUAUCUCUCCAUUCCUUUCAUCACACAAAAACUGUUCGGAGCCGUUCCUAUCACACUGACCCACCUAUGUAGUGAAGCUGUUGAUUUGCGCCUAGGAAGACCUGUGAGGCUUCUUGUUCAAAGCCAGUAGCUGGUAGAGUUUCACUGCUGCUGCUCCCCCAAGAGGGAGCUAUCAAAUUGUCAAAGGAGAAGGAUGGAGGUUUGGCUUUGCAGCUCUAUUGUCAGGCCUAGCAACCACUUCACUUCUUGCUUUUCAUUUUAAUUUUUAAUUUCUGUUGGGAGGAGGGUGAAUUUUAAUUCUGACAGUUGAAUGACUAGUUACACUGGUAUUGCAUGAGCGGAUGCUGUGCAAGCUUCCCCCCAAACUCUGUCACACACCUCAGUGCCCUCUCCCAGGCCUCCCGUCUCCUCCACACAACUGGUAAUCCACCUCAGUCGCAACCUGCCCUCCGAGAGCUUUCCUCUCUGUUGUGGCUGCACACUGCGCUUAGUGGCACCUCACCACCACAGCAGAGAGCAGAGCUCCCUAGCACUUGUUCUUCAUGAACCUCAGAGAUGGUUUCCCCACUCCCAGCUUUCUCCUUCACAUGCCACUGACAUUUAUGUAAACUCAGCAAACUUGCUCCCAGGCCACGUGCUGCCGGUGGGGAAUUCCUGCCUGGCAUUGGACUCUCAUGCACUGCACCUCAUGUUGAAUAAGCUCCCUGGGCAAAGUGGGGGAACCAUGUCUCAUAUGCUGUAAUGUAAUGAAUGCUGUAGGAGGGCUAUAAAGCUUUCUGCCGAUCAGGCAUCCUCAUAGACUCAUCCAACUGUUUGCAAAAUGCGUUUCUCAUUUUUACUUCCAGAAAACAGAAGGUUUUGUCUUAAACCUCUCCAUAUCCACAUCCAAGCACAGCCCUGCUGAACUGUUCGAAGCUCUCUGUCACCCACCCAACACACACACACACACACAGGCACGCAAAAUGAGAGGAAAAAAUAUCUAGAAGUCUAUUACUACAUAUGUAUUAAUAUGUUAAUAUCACUCUUUUGGAGAACAUGUUAUUACUUUACAGACUAUGCUUUAUAGUACCUGUGUGAAAGGACCUAGGACACUGGAUACGAAUAGAGCUAUGUUGAUAUAUCAUAGUAUGUACACGAGAACCUUCCUUUUGACAUAUUAUCCUUGUAAUGUAAGAUGAUUGUUAAUAAAAAACAUUCAAAUUUA